CCCCAAAAAAUGCAAAAGGAGAAAAAUAAUUAAAUCUGUCUCUCUCUCUCUCUCUCUCUCUCUCUCUGCUCCUGUGAGAGGGAAGCGAAGUUCGGCAAUAGCGGAGGAGCUUCAAAGGCGGUGAGUCUACCGGCAAGGCAAGGCAGGAUUUUGAGAUCUCGGCUUACUGUUAACCUUGAUCUGUUCGUGCUGGUGUUCCGGCGAGAUGCCGACGAUUCGGUACCAGAUAAGGAACGAGUACGGGCUGGCGGAUCCGGAACUCCACCGGGCCGCGGACAAGGAUGAUCCCGAGGCCAUCCUCGAAGGGGUUGCCAUGGCUGGACUCGCCGGCGUUCUUCGGCAGCUCGGAGAUCUCGCAGAGUUUGCUGCAGAAAUAUUCCGUGAUUUGCAUGAAGAAGUUAUGGGUACUGCUGCUAGAGGGCAUGGGCUGAUACUUCGAGUCCAGCAACUUGAGGCAGAUUUCCCAUCCUUUGAAAAGGCUAUUUUCUCUCAGACUAAUCAUUCAGGGCAUUCAUACAAUGACGGUAUUGAUUGGCACUCUAACUUUCAUCUGGAUCAGAACUUGGUCACUCAAGGGGAUAUGCCACGUUUUGUUAUGGAUUCAUAUGAAGAAUGCCGUGAGCCACCUCGGUUAUUCACACUAGAUAAGUUUGAUACUGCUGGUGCAGGAGCAUGUUUGAAGAGGUACUCAGAUCCAUCUUUCUUUAAAACAGAAUUAACUUCCUCUGGCUUUAUGGAAGCAGAUAAAUUAAGAGAGAGAAAAUCUCGGAGGAUUAGGAAAAAGGGAUCACGUAUCAAGAAUGGCCAUACCCUAGAGUCUUUAUUGUCACCGCGGGCAAAUUCCGACUCACAGCCAGCAAUUUCGGAUCAGGUUGCUGAUAAGUCUGCUACAAGAUUUGUGAGGUUGAAAUUAAGGAACUUGGAUGAUACUAAUGGAAGCAAAGGGUGCGGCUCAAGGAAGCAUCUUCUUCAACUACAUUUGGAUAUACAGAAAAUUGCUUUUGACAGUUCUCAAAGUUCUUCAACUUUAAGUCCAGGUCUAAUUGAUUCAAGUGUGCCAACUUCUCUAACACAUGAUACAGCUAGGAAUAUGUCAGAAAAUGAUUCUCUAGUAAGAGAUUCAAGUCCUACGAUGAAUGGUUAUGAAGAGUUGACUAGGGCAACAACAUAUGAACUAGGUGACUGGAAGACGGAAACUAAAAAAUUUUCAGAAUCAGCAGAUGAGCCAAUUGUGGGUGUUCCCAAUACAGGGAGAGGAUAUAAUCUGGUGGAGAGUAUGGAAAACUCUGCUGAUUCCGAAAUUAAUUCAGAAGGCAGUGCCUACGACAAUGAACUUAAUGAUAUAGUGAGAAACACAUCUCAGAGGGUGGAAGAUCAUAAGUUAGUGAGGGCAGAACUUCAGUUAGAAGGCAGUACUGAUGGCUACAGGACUGAAGACAUCGGUAGUGAACCAGAAAAUUUCAUGGAUGCGCCCAACAGCAUGGAAUCUGAAGUUGAAACAGAUUCUGAAAAUAAAGGGAGACCAGAUAUUGGUUCUUUGAAAACUGAAGGUCAAGAAAUGGACACUGACGCUAGUCAAAGAUUAGAGGAGCUGGACUCUCAAACUUCAGAACUCAAUAAUACUGGGCCAGAACGAUCUAACAAUAUGUCAAACAGUGGAAUGACAAGUAAUAUUAACAGCCUAGAUGAAGUACUAACGAAUCAAGAAGCAGAGAAAACCCAAGAGCCCAGUUUGCUACAUGGGGAGGUUGCUAACUCAGCUGAUUUAGUCUCUAAUGGAGGCAGCAAUAUGGAGACAUUUGAAGAUCCCAUGUUAAAACCAGAAGAAAUCAUAAAUGAACACUUGGAUUCUUAUGACCCUGCUUCUGAUUUAUUAAAUGUUAAUCCUGGAGAAAUUUCUGCACGUUGUUUAAUUCCUGGUAACAAUAAUACCUCAGCCAGAAAUGACAUCCAAUUAGACAAUGGUCCACCUUGUUCAAAUCUAUGUCUACUUGAGAAAACUCUUCCAGAAGAUCAUGUGAAUGAAGACAUACAUAUGGUUGACCAUUUCUCUUGUCCGUUAAUUCGAAACACUUUGGCGGAAGACCUUGAGAGUGAAGUUCCAUUCUCUAUGAUUGUGGCCUCAACAGAAGAGAUGCAAGUUCCAGUGGAUCAAGAAAUAAAAAAUUGUAUCUCUAAAGAAGAUGCAGAUGCAGCUAGCAGUUCAGUUGGAAUAAGCAUCUCAAUGGUCGCCUCAGAAUUUGCCCCUGACAUCAGUAUGGACGAUUUAAAGCAUGGUGAAUUAAUAACAGAUGUGAACAACUGUCAGCAUCCUGAAGAACUACCAAGUGAAACAUCUUUUUGUGCAAAAGGAACUGAUGGUGUAGCACAAUACCAUACCACUGGAAACUCUAAUUUGGGAUGUGACUCUGUGCUGCUACUUUCUGAAGAGAUGGCAUCCAAUCUUGACUCGUCUGUUGAUAAAACAAAGCAGGCAAGCAUUCUUCCAAAAGAUUUUGUUCCGUAUGAUGAAGUUACUGAUGAUAAAGCAAAGCAAGCAAACAUUGUUCCAAAAGAUUUUGUUCUGUAUGAUGAAGUUUCUGAUGAUAAAACAAAGCAGGCAAGCAUUGUUCCAAAACAUUUUGUUUCGUAUGAUGAAGUUCCCCUUCAGGCCUCAACUACAAACAUAGGAAAGUCACCAGGGACAAUGAAUCAAUAUGCAGAAACAUGCCCAUCUGAAAGCCUACCAGUUCCAGCUCAUGUUAUUUCCGCCAUCAGCGAUGCAGAUUAUGCAACAGAAAUGGAAUCUGUGGUUGCAGUCAAAAAUCUAGAAGCUAGCUCUGAGAAUGGUGAUGAUGGUGCAAAAAGAAUUUUUUCAAUGCCAAUAAUAUUACAACCCCAGUUUGAAUAUUUUUCUGGUUCAGAGGAAUCUCUGGAAUCUCCAAAGAUGAACUUUGCAGAGGAAUCCCAAGAGUCCUUCAAGGUGAACCAUGAAGAGAAGGCACCUUUAUGUUCUGCUGGUGAAGCAUUUUCUGAGGAUGUCAGUAAUUCCACCAUGCUUGAUGAUAACUUUGAAUUCUCAAAUGAGUUUUACCGAGGCAGCUCACAGAAUGUUGUUGAAGUGCCUGAACAAAAUACUGAUCAUGAAAGUUUGACAGAAGAAACUUUUGCAUCCAAAGAUAAAGAUAAUAACAAAAAACUAAACUUGGCACAUAAUGAAGAAGCAUUAGACCAGCAUCUGCAUUUAGAAGAAAGUGAAGAUCUUGCAACCUUGUAUGGGCAUCAGCCUAUAAUUUAUGAAUUUGAUUCUUUGAAUACAGUGGAAUUAGAAUCUCAAAGAACUCUCAACAUGGAAGAUUCUCCAGCAUUAGAACAAUCAUCACUAGACCCAGCUGCCUCAUGCUUUGAUUUGCCUGUGAAUAAUUCAUCUAAUGCAAAUGAUAGUGGGCUACGUGGUGAUAUUCAUGAAACAAUGCCAGCUGGGCAUGUGAAAGCAUAUCCUGUUCUUAAAGAGACAUAUCUAAAUUAUCCUACACAAAGAGAACAUACUGAUUCAAUAUGUUUAGCACAAGGUGAACUUGAAAGCACACAAGGAGAUAUGUCUCUGCCAACCUACUUAAUCUUUGAUUUUGCAAGUUCAGCUGAAGAAGCUUCUAUGAUACCAACUAGCAAUGAAGAUAUCUCUACCUUGCACACUAGCAAUGGAGAUGUUACCUUGCAAGCCAGCAAUGGAAAUGCCUCUACCUUACAAUCUGGCAAUGAAGAAGUAUCUCCUGGACAAGCUAUCAAAGAAAUUGUCUCUGCCUCGCAAGCUAGCAAUGAAGAAAUCUCUAGCUCACAAAUUAGCAACCAAGAACUCUAUUACUUGCAAGAUAGAAAUGAAGAACUCUUUGAAGCUAGCAAUCAUGAUGUUUCUACCUUACAAGCUAGCAGUGAAGAAGUAUCUGCCUCACAAGCUAACAAAGAAGUUGUAUCUACCUCACAAGUUAGUAAUGAAGAAGUUUUGCCUUUACAAGUUUGCAAUGAAGAAUUCUCUACCUUACAAGCUAUACAUGAAGAUUACUCCACCUUAGAAGCUAGAAAUCAAGAAGCCCUUACGUUACAAACUAGCAAUGAAUCAGGAUUCUUACAUCAAAAAGGUGAAUGUGUUGAACUUGAAAUUCCAAUUGACUAUAAUGGGUUGGAAGAUAAACCAUUAGAAGGACCUGAACCAAAUUAUCACGCCUUAACCAACAAUGUGUUACUCAAAAUGCCAACAUCAUAUUCUUGCUUUCCUUCACAGAAUUAUGAACCGCCACCACCAUUGCCCCCACUUCCACCUCUUGAAUGGAGAUCUCGGAAGUUGUCGUCUCUAUUGCCCAACCAAAAUUCAAUUCAAGCUUUGCCUGGGGAAAACCUGUUUAUGCCAUCAUCAGACAGCACUCCAACAAAUUCACAUAUCACAUCACCAAUCAGUUUGUCUCAACUACCACCAAUUGUUGCUGAUUACAGCAAUCAACCUGAUUUCCUGUCUUCAACAAGGUGCAUUGCCGAUUCAUCACUGUUGUCUUCAUCCAUAUCGUCAUCUUUGGAAUAUGAGAAGAAUCAACAUGCUUCUGAUGUGGAUGAAGCAAUAAAGUUACCACUGGAAGAUUCAUUUUUUAUAUCAGAGAGUCAAUUGUUUCAGAAUUCCAUGUUGCAGAAAGAUAUAAUUCAGCCUCUGAUGGAGAAAAGAUCAGAGAUUGGUGAAUUUUUGCCAGUUUUUGGAUCAGAGAAAUCUCAGUAUUCUGAGGAUAGACAUCUACAUUUGGAGAACAUGGUUCAGUCUCAAAACCCUUUCUUGUUCAAUGCUGGCAUCAUGGAUGAGAGCCAUAGUAUUCUGUCACUCUCUUCAGGACUGGGCAUGCCCCAACAUGGUUAUGUAUAUUCUUUGGAAAGGAACCAACCAACUCUAUUUGCUGUUGUACCUACCAACGAAGGUGAAACGAUUGGUAUUAACCCUCGUUCCAUACGGAAUCGCCCUAGAAAUCCAUUGAUUGAUGCUGUUGUUGCGCAUGAUAGAAGCAAGUUGAGAAAGGUGCCAGAGGUUGCUAGCCCUUCUGAUGAGCCAAAGUCAGAUCAAAUGGAUACAUUGCUGGAGUCCAAUAUUUUGCAGUUGAGGAAGGUAUCAGAGCUCGCUAGGCCUUCUGACAAACCUAAAGCAGAGGAGAAGGAUGCAUUACUAGAGCAGAUAAGAAACAAGUCAUACAACCUGAAGCCAGCGACUGUUCUCUCGAAGCCAAACAACAAGAGCCAUUCGACGAACAUUAGAGUUGCCGCCAUCUUGGAGAAAGCAAAUGCAGUCCGGCAGGCAAUGGCAGGAAGCGAUGAAGAGGAUGGUGAAGAUAAUUGGAGCGACUGCUGAAUGCAAAUUACUUUGUGCUUAAAUUCAAAGCUGUCCCAAGUCUGCUUUCCCAAAGAAGGUUCCGCUGACAGGAAAGCUACUUGUUAAUCUAAGCAGUGUACAGUAGUGUCUCCUCUGCCUCUUCUUUUUCAUUCCUUGUUCAAUAUGUAUUCUAUUAAUAUAAUUAGCUUCUCUUAUAGCAGUUAAAGCUCUACCUAGGAGCAAGCAAAUAGAAUCAUGGCGGAUAUCUAUUUGAUUGUAACAUGUAACAUAUAUAUCCAGAGUAAUAUCAUGUAGAGGAAGCAUGUUUUCCUU